CGCAGACGCGGCCGGACAGGACUCUCGCCAUCAGGAGAGAGAUAGAGAGGUAGGGGACGAGCGAUGGCGGCUGGGAAGGGCCGGGUGCUGCCGCUGCUGGCCGUGGCGGCGGCGCUCGCCGCCGCGCUCCUCUACACCGCGCCCUUCUCCAAGAGCCUGGGCGGCGAAGGGUGCAGCCUGCUCCCGCACGGCCACUUCUGGAUCGCCAGCCAGCGGGUCGUCGCGCUCGGCCGCGUCGGCCCCGCCGCAGUGGAGGUGAAGGAGGGGCUGAUCAACGCCAUCGCCGUCGGGGACUACCGGAGCUUCGUGCUCCGCCGCCCGCUCGUCGACUACGGGGACGCCGUCAUCAUGCCCGGCCUCAUCGACGUGCACGCGCAUCUCGACGAGCCCGGGCGGGCGGAGUGGGAGGGCUUCUCCACCGGCACAAGAGCCGCCGCCGCAGGUGGCAUAACUACGUUGGUGGACAUGCCUCUCAACAGCUUCCCCUCAACGGUCUCUGAAGAAACUCUUAAACUCAAGGUGGAUGCAGCUCGGGAUAAGCUAUAUGUUGAUGUCGGGUUUUGGGGAGGCCUUGUACCCGAGAACGCCUUGAACCCAAGCAAAUUGGAGAGCCUGCUAAAUGCAGGAGUGUUAGGGCUUAAGUCUUUCAUGUGCCCCUCUGGUAUCAACGACUUCCCCAUGACAAAUUCAACUCAUAUCGAGGAGGGCCUAGUUACAUUGGCAAAGUACAAGAGACCCUUGCUUAUCCAUGCAGAACGCAUACCGGAUGUCGCGAGUGAUGAGGAGCUUGAUGGUGAAUUGGAUCCUCGAUCAUACGCAACAUACCUGAAAUCUAGAACACCUGCAUGGGAGGAAUCAGCCGUUAGAGAUUUGAAACGUGCCAUGAAAGACACUGAAGUGGGGGGUCGGUCAGAAGGAGCUCAUCUUCACAUUGUUCAUCUCUCAGAUUCAAAAACUAGCCUCAGGCUUCUAAAGGAUGCAAAACACAGUGGCGCAAAAGUCACUAUAGAAACCUGUCCUCAUUACCUCGCAUUUUCGGCUGAGGAAGUUCCAGACGGAGACACUCGUUUCAAGUGCUCUCCUCCCAUACGUGAUGCUGCCAACAAGGAAAACCUCUGGGAAGCUCUGCUUGACGGGCACAUCGACAUGCUCAGCUCAGACCACUCGCCGUCGACUCCUGAUCUCAAGCUAAUGGAGGAAGGCAACUUCAUGAAGGCAUGGGGAGGUAUCUCAUCUCUGCAGUUUGUCCUCCCUGUAACAUGGUCACACGGGAAAAAGUAUGGCAUCACCCUGAACCAGCUAGCCUCAUGGUGGAGCGAGAAGCCCGCCGAGCUCGCGGGGCAGAAGAACAAGGGGUCUAUUCUGCCGGGGUACCAUGCCGACAUUGUGGUGUGGAAUCCCGAGGCACAAUUCCAUCUCGACGACAGCCAUGCCGUAUACCACAAGCACCGGAACAUCUCGGCGUACCUUGGGAAUGAGCUAUCGGGCAAGGUCCUGUCGACAUUCGUGAGGGGGAACCUAGUGUUCGCCGAAGGAAAGCACGCUGGGGCCGCCUGCGGCGCCACCAUCCUCGCCAAAGGCUCAGGCACAACGCAGAGGGUGGACGUAAACGAUGGGAGAAGGCGUAUUCCACAUGUGCGUUAAGCCCACUGGGAAGCGUACUCCCCUCUUCUGGAUAUACUGCAGGGCUGCGACUUCUUAACAGAGCUUGUAAAAAUGAUUGAGUUUUGCCUUGACUCCAAUCUUUCUAUGGUCCUUGAUCGGGCCAGCGAAAGAUUAGGAACGAUCCGCAAGGAAAGGAGGAUGAACGUUGAUAUGCUAGAAGCUUUGUUGAGAGAAACAUCCGUGAUGAUUUUUCAGGCAGGCGGGGCUGAUAGCCCUGUGGUCACUAAGCGCCGCUCUAGAAUGUGCGUGGGUGUUAAAGCUUCACACAAGCAUUUGGUGCCUGGUGGAAUUGUUCUGAGUUCCAGUGGCUCUGGCGCGACCUACUUUAUGGAGCCAAGGGACGCCGUCAAGCUGAACAACACUGAAGUCAAACUGUCAGGCGAUGAGAGAGCCGAGGAGUUGGCAGUAUUGGGCUUGCUAACUUCAAGAAUAGCAGAUUCCCGGACGAAGAUCAGGCAUUUGAUGGGGAAAAUACUGGAGCUGGACCUGGCUUGUGCUAGAGGUUCAUAUGCCCUAUGGAUAAAUGGCGUGAGGCCUGCCUUCAGUGACAGGGAUAACACUAGUGAAUCGGACCCAAGUGGAACAUAUUCAGUAUUUAUUGAAGGAAUUCGACAUCCUUUGCUCCUUGAACAGUCCCUUGGCACUGCAGAAGAAUCGGCUACCACUGAAGCAACCGAAGUGGGGAAAGAACAACUAUCUGAAGACCAACCUGUCCCUGCAAUGCCUGUUCCAUUGGACAUGCAUGUGAAGAAUGAUACUAGGAUAGUUGUGAUCUCCGGACCUAAUACUGGUGGCAAAACUGCUACUAUGAAGACCUUAGGAUUGGCCUCUCUUAUGUCAAAAGCUGGAAUGUUCUUCCCGGCAAAAGGAAGGCCUAGGCUUCCUUGGUUUGAUCAGGUCCUUGCAGACAUUGGUGACCACCAGUCUCUGGAGAAUAGCCUCUCUACCUUCAGCGGGAACAUAUCACGUCUUCGCAAGAUUGCACAAGUUGUAUCAACCGAUUCUCUUGUUCUUAUUGAUGAGAUUGGCAGCGGUACUGACCCAUCAGAAGGUGUAUCCCUUUCAACUAGCAUUUUGAAGUACCUUGCUAGUAGACUAAACUUGGCCGUCGUGACAACCCAUUAUGCUGAUCUAAGCCGUCUUAAAGCUGUUGAUGAUCGAUUUGAGAAUGCUGCAAUGGAAUUUUGUUUGGAAACUCUGAAACCAACAUAUCGAGUAUUGUGGGGAAGCACCGGUAAUUCAAAUGCAUUGAGCAUUGCAAAGUCAAUUGGCUUUGAUCAGAAAGUACUCGAUCGUGCACAAGAAUGGGUUGAGAAACUAUUGCCUGACAAACAAAAGGAACGCCAAGGUUUACUUUACGGCUCCCUGCUGGACGAAAGAAACCUUCUGGAGUCCCAGGCAAAUGAAGUAGCAUCUGUCCUUUCAGAAGUUGAGGAUCUUUACAACGAGAUUCGCUUAGAAGCGGACGAGCUAGAUAGCCGAGUAGCUGCUUUGAAGGCCAGAGAGUCUCAAAAGGUGCAACAAGAGUUGAAGUCUGUAAAGUCUCAGAUGGACCUUCUAAUCAAGAACUUUGAAGUUCAACUUAAGAAUUCAAAACUUGAACAGUACAACUCAGUAAUGAGGAAAGCAGAAGCUGCGACGGCUUCAUUGGCUGCUGCUCAUCAGCCCACUGAGUUCGCUGUCAGCGACGACGAAAACAAGAGUUCAUAUGUUCCACAAAUUGGAGACAAAGUGUAUGUGGAAGGACUGGGAGGGGGAAGCAUGGCUACCGUUGUCGAGAUACUCAGUGAAGAUGGGAGCUGCAUGGUUCAGUAUGGAAAAAUAAAGGUCCGGGCCAAGAAUAACAAGAUGAAGUUGGCCCAGAGAGACAGGAAGGAAACAUCGACUUCUUCCUCGGCACAAGGAAAGGGACGAGCGCAGAAGCGGUCUCCGGCGGGGACGGCGACUACUGGCAGUGUGUCGUUUGCACCGGCGGUGCAGACGUCGAGGAACACGGUGGACCUGCGGGGGAUGCGGGUGGGCGAGGCGUCGCACGAGCUGGAGAUGGCGAUCGACGGGUGCAGGCCGUACCAGGUCCUGUUCGUGGUCCACGGCAUGGGCACCGGUGCGGUGAAGGAGUGCGCGCUGGACGUGCUCCGGAGCCAUCCCCGGGUGGUGAGGAUCGAGGACGAGAGCCCGCUCAACUACGGCUGCACCGUCGCCUACGUCGAGUGAAGACGCAAAUCCAUGGCGGCGCCGCUCGACUCCGUGCCCACAUGUCACAGCAGCGGCAGCUGUACCUGUACAUCACAGAUCACACACAACAGACUUCUCCUGCGUGUUGUAUAGAAAAGUAAACAUACACACACACCCACGGCAGAGUUGGAACUACGUACAGAAAUAAAAUAAAAUUAUGCAA